CAACCAUAACUCAGGUACCCACUACACAGGAUGAACAUUCUACAGCCUUCAAGUCUAUAUCUCCUCCUCCUUAUCCAAUGUACCCUGAGGUGACAUUUUCACCUCCAGUCCAGAUUCAGACUCAGCAUACAAACCUGCCUCAAGUCACAGUCAAGCCUCUGGACCUGGAAAUUACCCAAACUCCACAACGUACUACAGAGGCUACACCUUCUACUACCAUGCAAAUGACCCUAAUUCAGUCUACAGAGCCACUAAAGGAGCUCGUAACUCAGUCCCCAGGGUACAAUGAGAUGACAGUUUCAACAGCAGGUCAGCAUCAAGCUCAGCACCCAACAUUAUCCAGUGUCAUAGCUCAGCCUUCCAAGAUGGAGCUAACCAUAACUCUGGUACCCACUGCAAAAGCUGGCCAUUCUCCAUCCCUGAAGAAGACUACAGAUCUACAUCCAGGCCAGGUUCAGACUCAGCACUCAACACUAACUGAAGUCACAGAUCAACCCCUGAAUGCGGCUGCCACCAUAAAUGUCUGUGAGCUCUGCACCUGCAAAGAUGAGACACUUUCAUGCACUGGCCUCAGCCCAGUGCAGAAGCUUCACAGAGUUCCUGUACCAGAGCCCAACAGCUACAAUGGCACCUUCAGCAUAUUAAAUUUCCAAGGAAACUCGAUUUCUUUCAUUGAUGAAAAUGUAUGGAAAGCAUACCGCUGGGCUGAGACACUAAUCCUCAGUGAAAAUGACUUGACUGAAUUACAUAAGGACUCAUUUGAAGGCCUGCUAUCCCUCCAACACUUAGAUUUAUCCUGCAAUAAAAUAGAGUUUAUCGAAAGACGUGCAUUUGAGUCACUCCCUUUUUUGCAGUCUAUAAAUCUUGGUUGCAAUUUACUGACAGAACUGAGCUUUGGAACAUUUCAGGCGUGGCAUGGAAUGCAGUUUUUGCACAAUGUAAAUCUCAAUCGUAAUCCUCUGAAAAACGUUGAAGAUUCGUAUCUUUUUAAACUGCCAGCAUUAAAAUAUCUGAUCUUACCCAGCCAUAUGGCCUGCUGCCUCUGCCAAUUUAAACAUACUAUCGAGGUUGUCUGCAACACCGUCAAGCUUCACUGUGACAAUGAAUGCCUGCCAAAUACGACACAUUGCCUUGAAGAAGCAUCUAUAGGGAACCCAAAGGGGGCAUUCAUGAAGAUAUUGCAAGCCCGGAAGAACAACACCAGCAAGCAGCUGACUAUUGAGCCAGGGAACCCAGUAUCAGAGAGAAACACGUGGACUUCCCAGGCCGCAGAUGGCUGGGAAAGGCCUCUGUUCCCUGCACUGCGGAGUCUCAUAAACUCCCCCUCCGGAGAGGCUUUCUCAUCCCCUGGAGGCCUGCAUUCUCAGGGGAGUCCUCCUCUGAGAGAACCUUCUAUAGAAGACACUAGGGAGGAAAACCAUUCCGGAGGGCGUGUUUUUGAAGAAAACAUUUUGCCAGAAAACACCACUGCACAUGAAGAAAUGCUCCCUGGUGACAAAAUGCACACAGAUCCUUCAGCUACAGAUUCUGCUGGGACCGAGUUCGACCUAAUGCCGACUGUGGACCAAACCAAGGAAACACAGUGGGAAUACCCCAAGGGCACUGAAGCCCCCACCAUGCCCGUAGGCUUCACCUACCCUGUGAUGCUGUCCCAGGGAGAACAGUUUGAAAUUCAGCUGAAUCAACAGCUACAGUCCCUCAUCCCCAACACUGACGUGAGAAGGCUCAUUUCUCACGUCAUCCGCACUCUGAAAAUGGACUGCUCUGAGGCCCAGGUGCAACUGCCCUGUGCCAAGCUCAUCUCCAAAACAGGCAUCCUGAUGAAGCUCCUCAGUGAGCAGCAGGAAGAAAAGAUAGCCAAGGAAGAAUGGGACACAGAGCAGUGGAGGACCGAGACCUAUAUCAAUGAGAGUACAGAAGCCCCGAGUGGACAGAAAGAGCAGGAGUCGAGUAUGAGGACAGGAGAUCUGCACUUUCCCAUCCCUUAG